CUAUAAACCCUAAAAUCUAGACAACAAUCGCGUUCCCCACACCAAACGUUUAACCAUGGUCAACAUGCGCCAGCACAGCGGUCUACACCCCGGUUGACAUACGUUUCAUUAAUCUUUACCGUGCGUUUACUGACAAUCCUCGAAUUGGGGCGCUCACACAUAUGCCACGUCAUCGACGGCGUGUUGCCCGGCCAUUCCGGUUUCUCGACAAGUCUUAGCCGAUCAGUUAGCGAGCCUCAAAAUCUUAAUGCUUUACCCAAACAAUUGUCAGUUAUUGAGUUAUGAAUAUGUGGAUCAUGGGUUGUGGUGCUCUUAUUAAAUGGAUCUUCGGUUCUUGAGUGUCCAAUACACAACACGACUUGUUCUCUGUCUUCUCUCUUGGUAACUCAUAUGAAUGGUCUAAGCACUUCUAAAUACACUGGCGCUUCAUGGCUUGUGAAUCCAGGAUGCCCAAAAUCAGAAAAAAAUUCAGUGGCCCAUGCUCUUUUCACCCCCAAAUUGCCUUGAUAUCUAUGAACCAUUGUACUCAAAUCUUCCUUGUUUACUGAGAAGUUGUUAUUGGAAGAGUUCCAUUGGUCUCAUUCAACUGAAUUCUGUAAUGGGUACUUCUUCUAAUGCAAGCUUUCAUCAACAACAACCGCCAAUGCCUCCUCCUCGCCAGCAAUCUCGAGGUAAUGGUCUUCAAACCUCUCUGUCUCUUGUUUCUUCUGAUGCUUGUGGUGGGUCAGCUGAUAACCAUGAACCAGCUUCUAAUACUGAACAUAUAAGGGAAUCACCAUCAGAGAGUGCGAGCUCUCAUGAAACUUGGCCUGAUGAGAACAACAGGGGUGAGGGAACUAUGGAGAAUUCAGGUGAGCAUGGAAAGAAGGCAUUGGAUAAAGAGAAGGUCAUAGAAGAAGAGAACAAUGAACCUGCGGUUAUUCGAAGGGUUUCGAGCUCAGACAAGAUCACCCUUCUUGAUGUAGUUAGAGAGAAGAUUGAAAUAAUUGCAGAGAGGAUGAAUUCACAGUCUGAAGAACUCUUGGAAUCCCUAAAAACAGAACUCAGAACCAUUCUCGAAGGAACUGGGGGACCCCAAAAUCGAGAAGACAUCAUGAUUUUGCAGAAGCUUGUCCAUGGCCGGACUGAUUUAACCGCAAAUUCAUUGGUUAGAGCCCAUCGGGUCCAGCUUGAAAUCCUUGUUGCUAUAAACACAGGCAUUCAAGCAUUUCUACACCCCAAUGUUAGCCUCUCCCAACUCUGCCUCAUAGAGAUUUUCUCUUUCAAGAGGUGUAGAAAUAUAGCUUGCCAAAAUGCACUACCGGCCGAUGAUUGUAGCUGUGAAAUUUGCAGGUCUAGAAAUGGGUAUUGCAAUCUUUGCAUGUGCACCAUUUGUAGCAAGUUUGAUUUCGAUGUGAAUACAUGUCGAUGGAUAGGGUGUGAUGUCUGUGCGCAUUGGACCCACACUGAUUGUGCUAUUCGUUUUGGGCUAAUAAGUACAGGCCCCGGUCUAAAGAAUGGAACGGGGGGCUCAGAAAUGCUCUUUAGGUGCCAAGCUUGCAAUAGGACCUCCGAAUUGCUUGGGUGGGUCAAGGAUGUUUUCCAACACUGUGCUCCUGGUUGGGAUAGGGAUGCACUUAUGAGGGAGCUUGAUUUUGUGGCUCGAAUCUUUCGUGGAAGCGAGGACCCGAGAGGCAGGAAGCUGUAUUGGAAGUGUCAAGAUCUGUUGGACAGGAUGAAGAAUGGGAUUGUUGAGUCCACAUCUUGCAAAUCUUUGUUGCUCUUUUUCCAAGAGCUCGAGAUGGAGUCAGCCAAGAAGCCUGGCGGCAGCGCAGCCUCAGACGGCACUGAUGAUGUAUCCGCUGCUGCCACUGGCAGCACGGGGCCCACCAUGGCCCCAGGGGAGGCAUGCCGCCGCAUUGCGGAGGUGGUGGGGGAGGCGGUGCGCAAGAUGGAAGCUGUGGGUGAGGAGAAGAGCCGUGCGCUGAAGCGUGCACGCUCAUCUGUCGAGGUGUGUGAGCGCGAGCUUGCCGACAAGGAGCGUGAGGCCUCCGAGCUACGCUCCGAGCGACAGCGCCAGCGUCGACAGGUUGAGGAACUCGAGGCUAUAGUGAGGCUUAAGCAAGCGGAGGCUGACAUGUUUAGGGUUAAGGCAGGGGAGGCAAGGCGUGAAGCAGAGAGGCUCCGCCAAGUAGCAUCGGCUUCAAUACGGGGCCCAUCAUCGGAGGGGGAGCGUGGGCCUCGUGAGGAGGAGAGUGCAGAGGGUUAUUUGAGGAUGAGAUUGACAGAGGCAGAGGCAGAGAAGAGGUAUAUUAUGGAGAGGAUGAGGUUGCAAGAGAAUGGAUCUUCAUCUUUGAGGCUUUUGAUGAACAAUUCAGUUAGUGAGAGUGGCGCUCAACAACAACAGCAGCAGCACCAACAACAACAACAGAUGUUGAUGCUGUGUAAGAUUCAGGACUUGUUGAAGAAUGUGUAUGGUGGGGCAGCUUCAGGGAGUAAGGUGGAAGGGCAGCAGCAGGGCAGUGUGGCUGAGACCGCACCACCUUCAUCAAGCUUUGGGAAUAAUACAAUGAAAGGCAUGUGAGUCUCUCUCUCUCUCUCCUCUCUCAUUGUCUGUGGAGUGUUUAUGACUUUGAUGGAUGAUAUGUGUGUGCCCAUAUACAUGUGAUAUCUACUGUAAUAUGGAAGUGAAAAGGAGAAUGUUGGUGUUUUUUAUUUCGUUUAUGAUAUAGUUGCAGUUGUGAUUUC